AUGGCAGCAGUGGAGGAAAUAGGCCGCAGCAGCAGCAGCAGCAGCUUGUUGUCUCUCGCGGACCUUCUUGACUCAGCAGCAGACUACAUGGACCGCCUAGUGGCAAACAACAACUCAGGUCCCGGUUCGAUCUACUCAGGCGACGCCGGGGUAGCUUACGCCCUUAUCAGGAAGGCGGAGAGGAUCUUGGCAGCAGCUGAGUCGGAGCGGCGGCGGUCCGGCAUUUCCUAUGAAGACGAAGGCGAGAGGGGCGAAAGCACAGCAGCAGCAGCAGCAGCAGCAGCAGCAGUGUGGCCGUCGCAAGAAGCCUCGCGGGAGGAUGCUGCAGUGCCGCCUCUCGCAGAGCAAGCCUUGAAUGAAGCCCUUGCCAUUUUGUCUGCAGGAUAUGGGGUGGAGGCUGCUGGCUCUUCAGCAGCAGAAGCAGCGGAAGCAGCAGAAAAAUCCCUGCGCCGCCGCUUCACCUUUCUGCAGGGGCAAGUUGGCCGUUUGGCGCUGACUGCGGUGGCCCUUCAUCUUCUGAAGAGAGAGCAGGAAGCGUUCCUGGUGCUGCGUCGCCUGGCAGCAGCUGCUGCUGCUGCUAUCUCACGCAUGCAGCCAGAGGAGUGCGAGCUGCUGUAUGGACGGGCGGGGCUGCUGUACGCGCUGCUGUUUACUCGAUCUUUGUGGCUGCCGCCUCCCCCUCCCCAAUAUCGUUCUUUCUUUUCCGAUUUGGUGAGAAGGCAGUCGCAAGAAGACGGGAAACAAGACGCAGCAGAAAGCACGCAGGAUUGCUCAGCCGGGCUCUUCAGAGACUGUGAUGAAGGUAUUCAAACCACCACAGCCAGCAGCAGCAGGAAAAGCAGCAGCAGCCAGAGUAGUCUGCAGGAGGUUUACCUGCGAGCUGCUUCCACAGUGUCUGUCGGUGUGGGCAGCGGCCGCAUCCCGUGGCCUCUUUCGCUGAACUACGGUGGCUCUCUCCGACUUGGCAGCAGCGGCAGCAGCAGCUAUAAGGGCAGCGGCAGCAGCAGGAGCCACAAGAGUGGCGGCAGCAGCAGCAGCAUUGACGGCGGCCUCCAAGAGUCCGCAUCGGGCUGGCCGGAGGAACUCCCUGAGGAGCAGCAGGCAACGCGCGUGUUGGUUCUGUCUUUGAUAGCGCAGCUAGUGGGGCAGCUGGUGGCUCAUGGUCGGGUGGAAGCUGUAGUGGCAGAGAAGGGGAGCAUCAGAUCUUUAGAGCCGCGUGAGCAGCAGCGCCUGCACUCUUCUGCUGCUUCUGCUUUCACCAAGGCUUCCCCCUUGCCGCUGCUGUAUGAGUGGCACGGCAAGCAGUACUUGGGCGCAGCCCACGGCAUCUGUGGAAUCCUCUUGCAGCUGCAGCAGGCUGUAGACACUCUGUACCACGCGGCUGCGGCGGGCUGCUUCCCUGGUCCGGCGGCGAGGGCCGGCGGGUCUGCUGCGGCAGCAGUUGUUGCAGCUGCAAGGGAGGCAGAGCUGAGCAAGGAAGCAAUCCGGGAGGAAGCAGAGUCAGCUGCUGCGCGGCUGCUUGCCUGCUCUGCUACCGUGUGCAGCGCAAUGCAGCACAGGGAAAGAGAAGAUAUGCCUAUCUUCUGUCCUGCAGCCAGUGCUUUCCUGUGCUGCCAUGACGGGUUGGCUGCUGCUGCUUCACUGCGAGACACGGUGCGCCGUUUGUGUCUUUCUUCUCUGAUGGCGCUGCUGCGCUUCCAUCUCACAGACACAGCAAAUCUCAAGAGCAGCAUCGGCAGCGACCGAGACCUGCUUGUCCAGUGGUGUCACGGAGCCCCUGGACUUGUGCCUCUGAUUUGCUGGGCAGUGGACUUGCACAGAGAAAAGGCGCUGGCGUAUGCCCAGUAUCAGCGGCACCAGCAGGGCUCUCUUAGCAGCGAAAACGGCCUGCUUCCAGAAGAUCGGCCAACGCAGGAGGAGCAGCACCGACAGAAGCAGCGGCAGCAGCAGGAGCAACACAUGCCGAAUUUGUACCGCCGUCGCUCAUCUACCAGCGCAGACGCGGAGCUGAAAUCGAGAGAGAAUUUGGGCUUCUUCAUGGUGUGGCUGGACACAAUGGGAAACAUAACGUGGCAGCGAGGCCUGUUGUGUAAGGGUUUGGGUGUGUGCCACGGCAUAGGGGGCAAUGGCAUGGCUCUUCUAUGCGCCUACAACAGCUCUGGCAACCCUCGGUGGCUGCGUCGCGCGUUGCUGUUUGCCCUGGAAGGCAUUAUUCGGCAUAUGCAGCUGCUGCAUCUGCCUGAUCGGCCUUGGAGUCUUUUUGAGGGAGCCUCGGGCUUUUCGGUCUUUCUCAGGGAUUGCGCGGAGACGCUUUUUGCUGCAUGCACAGGCAGCACUAGGCCCAUCACCGCUUAUUACAUUGGUUACCAGCUUCCACCUUUGCCGUGGGAGCAGUCUGUGCGCGGUGGGUGA